AUGAUAUGUAGCAGGGAUGGUGAUGAGAUGGAAGCAGAGGCCAUCAUUGAAGACUAUGAUCGAAUGAUGAGAGAAGCAACAACGGAACCAAUACUUCCACGGGCCGUCUCGUUUUAUGAAUUACGCUUGACUCCAUGGGAAGAUAAUUCAUGCUGGAUCGAUGCAGUUGUGGAGACCUUCUGGCAUGCGAUUAUACCUGCUCUGUUGCCGUACGGCAUAUUGGAUGAUGAAUCUCAAGCGAAUAAUACCAUUGAUGCAAUGCUGGGGAACACGUACCGAUUAUCCACAACGAGUUUCGAAGAUCGUAUUGUUGCAUCAGAUACCAUCCGCAAUUAUGUAUGGUCGACUUUUGGCCCUCCGUUCAUAAGAGGACAUCAGCUCAACGUGCUGCACUUCUUGACAAUAUUGCUACAAAAAGCGUCUCCAGCGUUCAACUCCUUCUUCGCUAUCAAUCGACAAGUCUUGAAGUAUUGCAAGGAUCAACAAUGUCAACGUACCUCUCAUGACGAUGGUGCUCAAGAUCGACGUCAACUCACCAUUGUGGAUUGGUCAUUGCGAUAUGUGCGUGAAUAUGGAUUGCAUGAACGUCCAGACCGCUUUUCAGAAGUGCUUCAUGAUUAUCUCUUCAACGUUCGCGAGCGGAAAUGCGAUGUAUGUAACGGCCCAGCUACCAGAGAAACCGUUAAAAAUGGUCGUAUGCCUUUGUGCCUUUUUAUCAUGGACCCACAUAUCAACCUUGGGGACUCAAUGGAAUCACCUGAUGCCAAAAUGUGCUUCCCUUACGAGUUCAGCUUACCCGAAAUUGGAGCUACAUACACCUUACGUGCAAUCAUAUGCAGCACUCAAAGGCAUGGUCACCAUUUCAAGACUGUUGCGACUAUUCGAGGCACAAAUAGCGAUUUCCUUGCCGAAAUUGACAACCUACAAGACGCCAUGAAGAUUAUGAUUGACCAACCUUACUUCAAUCCUGCUACCGCUGCUGCUGCAUGUCGUUCAGUGACACACCCCAUAAUCCUUGUAUAUCUGAAGCAAGUUGCACUGUAUGCUGACAACACGGGUGAAUACGGCGACGCUGGAUUAUUCGACGACGACGAUGAAAGAUGGAUGUGCCACCACUAA